AUGGCAAGUGUGAUCACUAAAGGAUCCAAAGAAUCUCACACAACAAGGCAUAAACCUGAAAACCCGAAUGAUGCUUUAUUAGCUUGGGGAGAUACCGGUGGUUACCUCAACGUUUUGUUCUGGACACAUGCGUCAAUGGCAUUAUUUGACAAGCCCACAAAUUUGUCUACAGAAAAGGAGGAAUCAACGUUCAAUGUUUCUUUGAAUGAUGUUAUUCAAAAGAAAUCAAAAUUUGUUUCAUUUCUACGUUUACGUAUACAUACAGACUGGGUGCGUAAAGUAAUGUAUGUUCCUCAAUUAGAAGCUUUUAUUACAUGUGCAACAGUAUGGAAUAAUUCAAUGGUUAUCACUUGGUUAGAGAAGUUACCAUCGAAUGCUAGUAUAGCCAGAAAUCCAAAUGCAUUCUGUGAACCAAGAGUGGUAUCACGUCGUUCUGUGUUUACAGUACAUCAAGGCAUAAAUGAUUUUGAUUUUCACGAGGGAAAUAAUCAAAUAGCAACAGCUGGAGUUAAUUAUCAUGUUUGUCUAUGGAAUCCUUAUGUUGUUUCUAAACCGAAUGGGUUACUUAGAGGACAUAUGGCAGCUGUGGUAGCUGUUCAAUUUCAUAUUUCACGGAGUCGUUUACUCAGCUUUUCAAGAGAUCGUGUUCUACGUAUAUGGGAUGUUCAGUUACAAGUAUGCUUACAAAAAAUGAAUAGUGUUUGUCCAAAAGGAUUAAGCGAUGAAUCAGUUUCACUGAAGAAACAAAUUACAACGCAUAUGUAUUUCCAUGAGGAUAGAUUACGCCUGUUUCUUAGUUUUAAUCAUACUUUAACAGUUAUGGAAAUGCGUAUCAAAGUACACGAUCGUAUUCUAAGUCAUGAAAAGCCAUUGAUUGGUAUCAUCUAUAAUUCAGCAUUUAAUCAAAUUGUAUCUGCUGCUCAGAGUGGUACAAUAUCAUUUUGGUUAAUUGAAACAGGUCAACGAGUUAAAAGUAUCUCUCGUAGUCAUGGUGAAAGUGAACUGACGUGUUUAGUACAAGAUCCAACAGAGACUAAAUUCUAUACUGGAAGCACUGAUGGUACAAUUAAGAUUUGGGAUAUGAAUGGUUAUUGUUAUCAUACAUUAAUAUGUUAUGGUGGGUCGCAUGCUGAAGUUGGGCAAAUUGUUAUCCUUAAACGAGCAAUUAUUGUAAUGGGGAAUUCAACACAUUUCACUGUAUUUCGUACAACUAAUUUCCGGGAUCAUUAUGUUUAUCCAUCUGAAUGGAAAGGUGGUCCAGAACAUUCAGACGAUGUACUCAGUGGGACAGCACUGCCGCCAAAUGGUUUGAUUACUGGGUCCUAUGAUGGUGAAAUAGUUGUGUGGAAUACAAAUUCUGAAUUGGCGGCUAGACGUAUGACAGCACGUUGUAAAAAUUUUUCUGCUGAGGAAAUUCGAUGGAAGCUGGAAAAUAUUCAACGAGAGAAUGCUUUACCAUCGAUAGCCAGUACAGAAAGUUGUCCAGAGGGUACAUCUGGCGACCUAAUAGCCGAUAUACCUGCACCAAUUGAUAGCUUAGAAAAUUUUCUAGAAACUUCUCGUAAAGAAUCAACAAGUCCUGAAUUCACCGUAGAAAUGUCAGGAGAGCUAGACGGUGAAAUGUCACUUGAGGAAAUGAAUAAAGCUUUAUCAAGUUUUCGUGUAAAUGCCUGGAAAAAUACUGUGCUAGGCAAAGUUUAUCAGGAAGUACGUUUGAGUAAACGCCAGCGUAAACAACCAGUACUUUUAACAGAAUUGUUUGAUACACACGCUGAAGGUGCAAGUCAAAAGAAUCAGGGACCGUAUUAUGCUUUACAUCUGAGUGAAUUGGAUCAAAUAACCGACAUGGAACAGCCAGAUUUUAUGUUUCAUCCAGAAAAUUAUUUCACAGAUAAAGAAGAAAUUGCAUCGAUUACAGUGAAUAAAAACAAUCCUGAAUCUCCUCAGCAAGUCUUAGAGGAGAAUAUAUCGAAUUUCCAAACGAACGCAUCUGGUGUAACAUCUGUUACAAGUCAUUUCAAUGAAGAAAGUUUAUUUCCAGAUUACAUUAUAAAUUUCGAUAAACAAAUGCAGCUUGUUAAUAAAUUUGUGAACACCCGUCAUUCUUUUCUUAAUCUGAAAAAGAAUAAAUCAACUGACAAUCAUAAUAAUGCGAUGACUUGGGACAAGAGACAACAUUCAAAAUCCCAGCGGAAAUACAAUCCCGUGCAUUUACCUCCAAUAAUUAAAAAGUAA